UGUAUGCGCUACUUACCUUUGAUUAUUUACGUGCAUCUAUCCAUUCAUUUCAUACCAUUCAACUUAAGUAAGGAGGUGAGCAUUGUCUGUGAAGUGUUAGUAUAACGAGGGCGAUGUGUGUGUGCUUGGAGUUAUAUAUAUUCUGGCCUCAUUUUUGCACAAGGAGCCCUACGCUCGCAUUCAGGGGUGAAAGAUUUAAGGAAGCAGAACAUUUUAUUUGCGAAAAGUUUCCUAAGAAGACUGCAUAAAUCCAGGGUAUCCUUUGCACAACACAGUCUUACCAAUUUCACAUGCUUACUGCUCAAGAGUAUCUUUUGCACGGGACAAUCUUCUAGCUUUGACAUGCUUGCUGCUCAAGGUAGUAGCUGGGAAGCCUCCAUUUUGUUUAUCACGAGUAGAAUGAAGCAGAGCUGGACAUCGACAUUGUUGACUACAUAAUUAGUGUAGAAUCUUGAGCAUAUCUAACAACCCAGAUAAAUUUGAGUGUGGAUACAAAAUUUGAACAGUGGUAUUUUGGCCCAACUGCAUUCUAAAACAAUUCCAAUGUUUUUAUCAAGAAUUUUUAGAAGGCCACUUUUGGCUGCAGUCAAUUCUGAAGCAGCUGCAGCAACAACUUCCACUAUAACUGCCCGCAAUCCGCUUGAGGAAUUUUUCGAGGCAGAUAGAAGCUUGGAUGAUGAAAAGCCCAAUGUCUACGGGCGUGGUUGGAAGGCCUCUGAGCUACGUCUCAAGUCAUGGAAUGAUCUGCAGAAACUCUGGUUUGUUCUCUUGAAGGAGAAAAAUAUGCUGAUGUCUCAGCGGCAGAUGAUGCAGGCUCAGAACUUGCGUUUCCCCAAUCCAGAGCGGAUGUCCAAGGUGAGGAAAUCAAUGUGUCGUAUCAAGCAUGUUCUUACUGAGAGAGCAUUGGAAGAACCUGAUCACAGAAGACAGGUUGAAAUGAAACGCAUGAUAAAUGAUUUGUGAAAGAUCAUCUUAAGAAGUCAAGCUGCAAAACAGGGAAUACUUAGAUGUCCCGCAUAGGUGGUAUUCUGCAGAAUACCACAUAUUCAAAUAGCUGUCUGAUCAGUACCGUUUUAAGAAUAUGAUUCUAUCCAAUGGCCCUUCUAUACAUUAUCUGAGACGAGUCAGCUUUUUACUCCAUCGUAUGUGGAAACUAUCAUCCUUGAUUUUUAUCGAGGAUAAAUGUCUGGAAGCAAUUUAAUAUAGUAACCGACCUAAUAGACUAACUCCAAAGCAACCUUAAUUGCUUGUUAAUACAUAAUAAUACUUUUCUAAAUGGUAAUAUGGUAAAUUGAUUUUGGAAACAUAUAAAUAGUAUUAGAAACUCGGCAUUUAAACUCCUCUUUUAAAUCUUUAUACAGAUUCUGCAUCUUCUGGCCAAGGCAACAUUUUAUUACAAAUAUUUAUUAAACUCAGCCUUAUCGAGGAUGUUUGACAGCAGCAUAGAAAAGAUGCUUACCUUCCAUGGGGAGCACAAAGAGUUAUAUAUGAACGGCAAAAUAGGAUGUUUAUCUUCAUAGGAAUAAGCUAUUUGCAAACAAAUAUAAGCUUGACUUUUACAUGAUUCA